CAAAACACUCCUUCCAUGAAACAUCCACCGUCUUAUUCAACCCCACCAGCGACCGACUGGAGCUUCAAUGUGCCAACUGUACUGUGCCAACUACUAUUAGCACUUUGAAUGCUGGUUUGAUACUGUUCAUAGAUACCGACGUCAUCAUGGCUCUCAUUCAAACGGCGUUCAUUUGGCUCUCCUAUGCCAUUGCUGUCGCCCUCGUCGCAGCAGGCGCAGCAGCUUUUACAUACACAUACCAAACGCCUCGAGAUAGGUCGGCGGUUGUCACAACAGUUACGAUUUUUACGUUGACGUCGUUGCUCGCGACGGUGUUCCUGCUUCCCGUCGACAUUGCGCUUGUCUCGUCGACAUCGUCAUCGAAGCUCGGCAUCAAGAAGGGUUGGGCGACACCGGAGCGCGUGGGCAACAUCCUGCUGACUCUGAAGAUUGUAUACUAUGCAUUGUACUCGCUUGACGCACUCUUAUGCUUAAUCGUCAUCCCUUUCACGUAUUUCUGGUACGAGGAGUACGAUGAGGUCGAAGAAGAGGAAGGGACACAGUCUUUCGCGCAGCGAUUCUGGAAUGCAUUCAAGUACACGAUUGCAUUCAUCCUACUGGCGCUCAUUGUUUUCCUGGUCGGGUUCUUCGUGCCUGUCGCAGCACAUGAUAGAGAUGGCCGAAUGGACCUUGAUUACUUCAGGAGACUGCUGUCUGCGAACAAGGGGGAGCGAGCACUUACAUUUGCACUGGGUCUUUUGAUUACGCUUGGAACGAUAUUAUAUGUGCUAUAUACAGCUGCAGGAUUUGCGUUGAUGCCUAUAUCCUUUAUCAAAUCUGCGCCAUCUAUCUCAGCACCCCAGCUCUACGCUUCAACGGCUUCUGCGCUGGUGCAGAACCGCGAGAGACAGCGACAGUUGGAGGGACGAAGUGCCGGACGCCCAGAUGGAUUACCAGCCAAAGACCAGCGGGAACUUGAAGGUCUUGUUCGCGAGGAACGGACGUUAGUCCGUCGCGAACGUCUAGCUGCCGAAGCUCAAGGGCAAGGUCAGUCUAAGGUCGCGAAGGCCUGGACAAAACUCUGCGCGAUUUUCCGACCAUUGAAGCUACUUGGUGGAAUAUUUAUGCUUCUUAUCUCGAUCUUGAUUUGGGUAUCCAUGCUCAUCACAGGAGUCGACAAGGCCAAAAAUUCCAUCUGCAAAGAGCAGUGUGGCUAUAUUCUUGGCAGGGUUCACAUCUUCCAGCCGAUUGAUUGGAUCUUUGUUCAGUCAUCGAAGGUUUUCCCCAUCGACUACAUAUUGAUGGCUCUUUUGGUCAUGUUUUUCUUCGCCAGCUCUGUGGCAGGCAUUGCAAGAGUUGGGAUUAGGUUCCUAUGGGUUCGGCUUUUUGAUAUCCGCAAGGGCCGUACAUCUCCGCAAGGCCUUUUGCUGGCAACCAUGAUGCUGAGCUUGAUCGUAUUGGCAAUCAACUAUGCGAUCACGACUAUUGUUGCACCCCAGUACUCGCUGUAUGGGCCGCAGACUUUCUGUACAAAUCCACCCCGACACGCUGGGGACGCGCCGGAUUGUACCGACCACCCCGAACUCAUCAAGCAAUGUACCAAGCUGUCCCAUGCCGACAAGUCUGGGAACAUCUGCACACCCAGUGUCGUAUCAACAUUCAUCAACCGCAUCACUGCCAACUUCCCAUUCUUCGGUGCGGUAGACUUCUGGGCACAGUUUGCAUUCCUGGCUAUUUUCUUCAUCAUAUUUGUCACGGCAUUGUUCCGGACGCCGAAGCUCAACAUGAGCGAGAUUGAUCAGGAUGCAGAGGCCGAUGAAGAGGAGGGGCUGUUGGCGUCUACAGGGAGGAGGUUUGGAGCGACGUGGCAGGAUAUCACCGGGCGAGCAAGUGGAGGGAGGGUAUCUGGUCAGGGUGCAGCUGGUCGAGGGGUGCGAGGGGAUAUGCAUGAUGAUGAUGAUUGAGCUUCUUCAGGAUGCAAAUUGAUACGGUUUAAGGGAUGGAUACAAUGGUAUAUGUAUCGAGAUAUGAUUAUCUCGUAAAUGGAAGCACUUAUAAUAGCGGAUGUAUAAUACAACAAUGUUGCUCUGAGUAAAAAAAGAUUAUUGUAACUGGG